CAUCUGCGUUUGCACUUCCUGAUUCCCCUCACUACCCAUCUAUCCCUUCCCCAUCUCCUCGCCACACGCUACUCAGCAUCAGAUCUUCCAUGAGUAUCCUCAUAUCCAGCCUGCACUCGGGGUUGAUCCCGACGCCUUUAUGGGUUCCAAUGCCUCGCUUUCUCUGGUGAAAAUUAAGAAUAAGGCUAAGUCAGUCAUCUCGCUUUUCAAGAAGCCACCGGCAAUUGAGGAAGCCGAAAGUGAGUCUUCACCCAGUGAACGGGACGAGGAUGUUGCCACGCUAGCUACGGUCAGUGAGGCGCGCAGUCAGUAUCGCCGUUGGGGCCUUAGUCCUCAUGCGAGCAUUCAGGAUGUGGCUGGUUGGGAGGAGUCGCAAUGGGAUGAGGAAGAACCUUCCACUCCUCGAGCGCCGACCUUUGACAUGUAUGGUGCCCCCAGUAUGAGUACCCAUGAGAUGGGGGAUGAUGAUGAAGACGCAGAAUAUGAUGAAUGGAGAAACGAAGGGACGAAGAAAUUCUCAAGGAUGUUCAAGGUCAAGAGCGGAUCGUCGUCCUCCCCUUCUCCCCCGAGAUAUGGUCAUGGUCAUAUCCACGGUCGUUCAAGAUCUGCUACCAUCGCAUCUUCCUAUGCGGUGUCGCCACCAUCGACCUAUUCCCGAAAUCGACCUAUAACUUCUUCCCCUACGAUGUCUACCACACGUGCACGAUCGGGCUCCGGUGCUAUACCGCCGAAAAUGCAGCUUUAUCACCAUGGAAUGUCAGUGGCACCAAGUGCCUCAGAUAACACUGUUUAUCACCCAUCGUCUGUCUACUCUGCGGAUGAGUACGAGUCUGAUAGCAGUGUCACCACGCCUGUUUUCCCCAGCAACUACCCUCGACGGGGUUCGUAUAUUAAUUUGCUUUCGGUUUUUCUUCACCCUUAAACGUAUGUCUUAAUGACUUUUCUGCUGUUAUUUAGUACUGGCUUUGGACUGGGUUCUGUAUGUGUUAUUUUUUUAAGUACCUUUUU